AUGGGCUCCGUGCUGCCCGGCUCCUCGCUGGGCCUGAAGCCGGGCUUCAAGCCGCAGCAGCCGCUCUCCCUGGCGGACAUCAUCACCUCGGACAUCCUCCACAGCUUCCUGUACGGCCGCUGGAGGCACGUGCUGGGCGAGCAGCACCACCACCACCACCCGCACCAGAAUCACCUGCAGCACGAGGACCGCACGGCCCCGAGCGCGAGCCCCAAGACCGCGUUCACCGCCGAGGUGCUCGCGCAGUCCUUCUCCGGAGAGGUCCAGAAGCUGUCCAGUCUGGUUCUGCCCAGCGAGGUGAUCAUCGCUCAGAGUUCAGUUCCAGGUGAAGGUUUGGGGAUUUUCUCUAAAACGUGGAUUAAAGCAGGAACAGAGAUGGGCCCGUUCACCGGACGCCUCAUCUCACCUGAACACAUCGACCUGUACAAGAACAACAACCUCAUGUGGGAGGUGUUUAACGAGGACGGGACGGUCAGGUAUUUCAUCGAUGCCAGUCAGGAGGAUCAGAGGAGUUGGAUGACGUACAUUAAGUGUGCGAGGAACGAGCAGGAGCAGAACCUGGAGGUGGUCCAGAUCGGCAGCAGCAUCUUCUACAAGGCUGUGGAGACGAUCCCCCCGGACCAGGAGCUGCUGGUCUGGUACGGAAACUCCCACAACACCUUCCUGGGAAUCCCUGGAAUUCCUGGAGGAGACGAAGAACAGAGCAAGAAGAGCAAGACCGAUGAGUUCCACACCUGUGAAGGCUCCUCCUCCUCCUCCUCCUCCUCCUCUUCCUCCUCCUCCAGCCUGGGUCGAAUGCGUUGCGUCAUCUGCCACCGCGGCUUCAACUCCCGCAGCAACCUGCGCUCCCACAUGCGCAUCCACACGCUGGACAAGCCGUUCGUCUGCCGCUUCUGCAACCGCCGCUUCAGCCAGUCGUCCACGCUGAGGAACCACGUGCGGCUGCACACCGGCGAGCGCCCCUACAAGUGCCACGUGUGCCAGUCGGCCUACUCGCAGCUGGCCGGCCUGCGGGCGCACCAGAAGAGCGCCAGACACCGGCCGACCGGAGAUGCCGGGGCCGCGGGGGGAGGCGUGGUGGUUCACGCAGCUCACUCACCUCCUCCUCCUCACCCACCGCAGCUGACCGCCAUGCCUCACCCGGCAUCACUGGUCCACCACAUACCCACCAUGGUGUUGUGA